GAUUAACCUUUUCUGUAGUCACAAUGUCAGGACGUGGUAAAGGAGGGAAGGGCCUCGGAAAGGGUGGCGCCAAGCGCCACCGUAAGGUGCUGCGCGACAACAUCCAGGGCAUCACCAAGCCCGCCAUCCGGCGCCUGGCCCGGCGCGGCGGCGUCAAGCGCAUCUCCGGGCUCAUCUACGAGGAGACCCGCGGGGUGCUCAAGGUGUUCCUGGAGAACGUGAUCCGGGACGCCGUCACCUACACGGAGCACGCCAAGCGCAAGACGGUCACGGCCAUGGACGUGGUCUACGCGCUCAAGCGCCAGGGCCGCACUCUCUACGGCUUUGGCGGUUAAAUCUAUACACUCUACGGCUUCUUUAAAAACCAAAGGCCCUUUUUAGGGCCACCUAUCCAUCUUUAAGAGAGUUGUAACUUCUGUUAAGCCUGUGGGUGAGAUGACUUUCCCAGUGGCAAGUCUUGUAGGCCUGUUUCCAACGUUGCCAGUUUUCCUAUUAAUCCGUGGUUCAGAUUACUUGGUGGUGGUGUGUGCUGAAAGUACUGUGGAGAUCUUGGAAUGCUGGAGUUGUGGACUAUAUCACUUUUACAAAGAAAAAAUGUCUUGUGACAGGUGGGUUAUGCGUGCAUCUACAGAAAUGAGA